AAGACACAUCAACGAGGAAACAACUGCUGUACACCAAGAGCACACAAUGCCAGAAGCAAGCACAGCAGCAGCAAUGGACCAGAAGGUUAUCGUUCUUCGCAAGGAAACGAGCGAACGCGACCGCAUCCUGGACCGUUGGGCCGACGCCGAAGCUCUCCAGCUAACGGACGAAGAGGCCAAGUUGAAUGAAUACCAGCGCAGGAAUCUCAAGCUGCUCUUUGGAGAGACAGGUUUCAACCCUCCGGUGCCAGCCAGGAACCCCAUCAGUGUAGCCAUGCACAACCCGAGGUUCAGCGCGGCACUCUGGGCGGUCAAUACGGAAGCGUAUCGCCGGAAAGGGCUGCUCUCCCGAAGCCAAAAGGAAGUGAUCGCCCUCGGCGUUUCUCUCUCCAACGGGUGCCCCCACUGCGCGUACAUCCACACGGCCAUGGGUCCCGCCGCCGGCGACGACGUGGAGUUCGGCAGUCUGCGGCUCUUCUACCAGACUCGAGACGCCGACGCAGCGUUCCCCGUGGAGGAGGGGCAAGGCCCGAUGAGCAACAACGCGCUGGCAUCUUGGUCGAUCAGGCACCGGGACGGGAAGGAACAGGCUGCUCCCUGCACCCGGGAGCACUUGCCAGAGGUUGUCGGGACGGCCAUGCUGUUCGACAUCCUCAACCGCGUCGUGGACACGUUUGUCUCGAAGACGGAGGCCGGGCCGAUGUUCCCGCUGCCAAUGCGCAUGAUGAUGAAGGUCCAGCCGGCAGCCCCGCUCCUGCAGCGGGCAAUGAGCUGGAUGAUGUCCUGGAUGAUGCACGGGGAGGACGGCAAGGUCGAGGCCGGAAAGGUCUUGAAGGAAAUCAACGAGACCUUGGAGAUCAACGAGGCUUGUGAAGACUCGCGUUCCUCAAUUGUAAUGUCUCUCCUUUGGCUUUGGUGUGGAACUUGGUUGAGCUGGGCGUUCGUCACCUUGGAUGCUACAGGAUUCGAGGGGAUCGACAAGGUGACCCCAAUCAUCAAAGGUUUCCAAGGCUGCGCCGACGAGACGCCGAUGGCGCUUCCCGAGCAGCUCUCAUGGGCCGCCGGCGGAGACGAAACCAUCGCGGCGGCCUUCGCCUUCCUCGCGGCCGAGGCAGAGCUGCUGGCACGCACCUUCGUGCCUCCCGCCGUCAAGUCGUUCACGGAGUCCUGGGUUUCCUCUUGGGACGGAGGCGCUGCUCAGAUCGGGGGGCUGGAGGAAUGGCUGGGUCCUGCGGUUACCGCGAGCGGCCUCGGCGAGGAGGAUAAAGGGGGUGUGGUGAUGCUGAGGUUGAUGUUGGUCACUAUUGUGGCCAGCCAUCGAACCGAUGACACCCUGCUCAGCGAGUGCCAGGCAAUUCACGGGUUUCGUGGCACCCACGCAGCGGUCCUUUGGUCUGCGUUCCUCGCCGGGCAGCGGUCGUGCCAGCUGGCCAUCGCCUCCUGCCCCGCUGUGGAGUGA